AUAAUAUUUAUUUUGUAUUUUGAUAGCUAUGGCAAAUUCUGACUGGGAAAAUCGUCGUCCCUUAACGCAACGUGAAGAUGAGGCAGAUAGUGACGAAGACUUGUUUGGUGAAUUAUCUGACAGGGACGAAGAUUAUGUCGAUGAACAACAGUCUGAUACUGACAAUGAACAGAGUGAUGAUGAAUCCUGGUAUAUCGAGCAGGAACACUGCUAGUAUAAUG